GUCGGGUGUGGGGGUCCGAACCCGUCGUCCCCGGCGAGAUGUAGGGGAGGCGGGUGGCAGUCGGUGCCGCGGUUUUGCCCCGGUGCUCAGCGGAGGUGGCCACGGCGCCGGCGGCCCAGGGUGUGGCGGGGAUGACCUCUGAUUCCCGGGGACUGCCUGCUCUUCGAGCCCCGCCGGGCCCGCGCUCGCCGAGGCGGAGGGUCGGGGAAGCGUGGCCCCAGCGGCGGGCCACCAGUAUAUAGAAUUUAAGCCUUCUCAGAAGUGUGUUGGUAGAGUUAAAAAAGAAGACAGCUAACCAAAGGUCAUCUGAAAUUGUGACUGGCUGAUAAUCCCAGGACAAAAUUAGAGAUCACUACUCAAGCAUAAGCCUCCACGAAGAUGUUUGAUUUAAAGGCUUGGGCUGAGUAUGUUGUGGAAUGGGCUGCAAAGGACCCAUAUGGCUUCCUUACAACAGUUAUUUUGGCUCUGACUCCAUUGUUUCUAGCAAGUGCUGUGCUGUCUUGGAAAUUGGCCAAGAUGAUUGAGGCCAGGGAAAAGGAGCAAAAGAAGAAACAAAAACGUCAAGAAAAUAUUGCAAAAGCUAAACGACUAAAAAAGGAUUGAAGGAAUAAACAGGCUGUGUGUCCAGAGGAAAAUUGUUCGGAAAAUUAUGCAUCUUUGAAAGGACCCAUUAAGGUUUCUUUUUGGAUCUUAUGACAGUAUUACUAAACGAAGUCUGAGUCUAUGGAAGAAUCAUGUCAGUUCUCACCUGUACUGUAGCAGCUUUUCGGCUUCGGUAUAGAAGUCUGUUGACAGUUACUGUAAAUUGGCAUUUAUUAUGCUACAGGUUCUUUUAACUGACUUUCAUUUGCCUUUUUGCAGCUUAUGUACGAAUACUAAAAUGAAAACAUCCUGUGAAGAAAAGUGACUUUAGAUUAUGAACUCUAUUCAAAUAAUGGCUUAAAAUGUGGUCCUGUUCUGGACAGAGGAGAUUAAGAAUGUAAAAAUCAAGAGUUGUUCUGAGCAGAAAAGCGUGGUUUGGCUUAAAAGAUACAUGGUGUAUUAAUUACAUCUCUUAUCGUUAUUAUUUCUUGGAAUAGAAUCAUUUCUCGUUUCCUCAAAGCAAAAUAAUAUUAUUCAAUGAGUACUUCUCUAUUUUCUGUAUUUUUCUUACUUUAGCUUUUGAGAUACUGGUAAUUACCAGAUAGUCUGCAUUUUUAAAAAUCUAAUUUUAUAAAGAAUUUUCUUGUCAUCUUGAUUAUGUAGAAUACCACCUACUGGAUAUAAUCAUUUUUCUACUUAUGAACACUGCCAUUUUCUUAGAGAUGACUUGAGUAGAGGAACACUAUGAUUUAAAGCUUAAGAGCAAAAAUGCCAAACCUGUAGUACCUUGGAACCAGUUUAUUCUCACUUGUGCUAAGUAGAAGUGUGAAGUAGUUAACAUGUCUUAUCAGAUAAUUUGCUGAUUAUAUAGAUACCACUUUUGUUUUUUAUUCUAUUCUUUGUUUUAAUUCAUGUGGUGGUGAUGUCCUUUACUUUUUGAUCAGACAGGUUCAUGGUGAAAAUUAAAAUUUCAACUUUCUUUUAAGGAACUUUUAAAGAGUUACAGUUAUGUCAUGUGUCAUAAAUGGUAACAAAAGUCUUAGCAUUUGGAAAAAUUUUGUUUGCAUUGUAUUGUGUGAAAAAGGUGUAAAUUAUGUCAAAAUGAAAAUGUUCAAAAUAAAGAGGUAAAGGAUAUUUCCUUCA